CUCACAUCCUUGGGUAAACUAAAGUUAUGCCAAGCGUGAAUGUCAAAAACUAUCGAAUCUAUUAAAUCAGGAAAUUUGGUUGGACCCUUAAAAAAUCUCUCCGUGACUCUUAAGUCGAGCUGAUACGGGUUUCUACUCUUUACCAUGUAAAAUGCAAGGAAGUAAAAACUUUAACUACUUAAACUACUUUGAUAGAGAACAACAAGAGGAUUUGGCUCAAUUCGAUCCGAAAGAGAAACGUAAUGGAAAAUCCGAAUAGGAUUAGAAGUCAGAUAUAGAUCCCAGUGUCCGAAUCUGCACUGGCAAAAAAUACCCACCUUAAAGCCACACCGCCUCACUUUUUCCUCAACCACCAUCAUCAGCUUCAAACUCACGCCCACAGACUCCACUUUCAUUCAAUUCACUUCUCGCAUGCAUGUUGAUUGUCGCCAAUCACCACCAUCUCUGAUCUGCCCAAUCCCCCACAAACCUGUUCUAGUCGUAGCUCCAUCAGUAUUGUCGUUCGUCGUUGCAAGCGGCGGCCACGCAUUGCCGUGGUUGAAUUCACACGCAUACACUGUGAACCGCCCAACCUGGUGCUCAUCCCUCUGCUCAACAGUGUUCUUUUCCUGCUCGUCUGAACCUAGCGCUCGUGCUUGCUGGAUUGCUGUUGUUGAUCUAAUCCCAUUCACCGGCCUGCUCCAGGAAGUCUACACGGAAUAGAAUAUAUGAUCGUGGAAACAACAAAUAUCUGGGAUAAUCUCUAAAUAGUACAAAACAAGCACUUGUGGACAGAAAGCUUUCUCGAAAGUCUUGGUCUUCCUUUCAUCUCUUUGGUAGUUUUCUCUCUCCAUUAUCUCAUUAUCACUUGGCUUCACCAUAUGCUCGUCCCCCUGCUCAACAGUGCUCUCUUCCUGCUCAUUCGAACCUAGCGCUCGUGCUUGUUGGAUUGCUCUCGUUGAUCUAAUCCCGUUCAACAGUCUCCUCCAGGAAGUCUACUCGGAAUAGUGUUCUCUUGCUGCUCAUCUGAACCUAGCGCUCGUGCUUGUUGGAUUGCUCUCGUUGAAUUAAUCCUGUUCAACGGUCUCCUCCAGGAAGUCUACUCGGAAUAGUGUUCUCUUGCUGCUCAUCCGAACCUAGCGCUCGUGCUUGUUGGAUUGCUCUCGUUGAUCUAAUCCCGUUCAACGGUCUCCUCCGGGAAGUCUACUCGGAACAGGAUAUAUGAUCGUGGAAACUAUGAAUAUUGGAGAUAAUCUCUAAAUAUUACGAAGCAAGCACUUGUGGACAAAAAGCAUCCUCAAAAGUCUUGGUCUUCAUUUCAUCUCUUUGGUAGGUGAAAGUCUUGGUCUUCCUCGACUUCAUAGUUUUCUCUCUCCAUUAGCUCAUUAUCGCUUUGAUUCACCAUAACCUUUGUUGUUGUCUCCAGUGAUUGAUUCACCCAUGGCCAUUGUAGAGAUCGUUUUGGGUUCCGUCUUGGCUUCCUUCUUUCAGGCCCUGUUCGACAAAUUAGCAUCUUUGGGAUUGAACUAUGCGCAAAGGGAAGGAACACCACCCUUUUCUGGAAUUAGCACUGACCUGCUCAAUAAAUGGAGGAAGACGCUAGACACAAUCAAUGCAGUGCUGGAUGAUGCAGAGGACAGGCAACUGAGCGGUAACUAUAGAGUGAAACUGUGGUUGGACGAUGUUAGGGACUUCGCCUAUGACAUGGAAGACUUGCUUGAUGAGCUCGCGAUCCAAGCCACUCAGGUUAAGUCGGGGGCAAAAUCCAGCAAAAGCAGAGGUCAGAUAAAUUGGAAGUUCUCUUGCUUUGGCCGAGAUAAAUCCUCCAGAUCAAAUCCAAACCCACACUCGCUCGUGUUUGAAACCGAGGUCCAAGAGAUCAAUGAUAGGUUGGAAGAGAUUGUCACCAUGAAGUAUCAUCUAAGAUUGAGAGAGAAUGUUGUGGGCAGAUUUGACAACACCAACCAAAGGCUUCCUAGCACUUCUCUGUCGGAGACUCAAUUUUUCGGCAGGGAGAAGGAAGAAGCACAAAUACUCGAACGAUUAAUUAGUGAUGUCGAAAAUUCUAAUGCCACGCUGAGCAUAGUCCCCAUAGUUGGGAUGGGUGGUGUUGGAAAGACGGCAUUGACUCAAAGGCUGUAUAAUGAUGCCAGAGUGAAAAGCUAUUUCAAGACUCGAGCAUGGGUUUGUGUGUCAGAUGUUUUUGAUGUUCUCGACAUAACAAAGACUAUUUUGCGGUCGAUCACCGGGUUGUCCUGCGAGGGUGAAGAUCUUAACGGGCUUCAAGUUAAGUUGAAGGACAAUCUAUCUGGAAAGAAGUUUCUUGUGGUUUUAGACGAUGUCUGGAAUGAGAACUACGGAAAAUGGACUGACCUCUUAAAGCCAUUUGAAGCGGGGGCCAAGGGAAGCAAGAUCAUUGUCACAACUCGCAACCUUGCUGUUGUUUCUAUAAGAGGAGCUUCGCCGUAUCCUUUGGAGGAGUUGUCCCUUGAUAAUUGUACAAGCUUAUUAGCCUUUCAUGCUCUUGGAGCAACAAAUUUUGAAAGCCACCCAAAUCUUGAAAGAAUAGGCAAGAAAUUAGCUAAAAAAUGUAAAGGCUUGCCUUUGGCAGUGAAGAUGUUAGGCGGUGCCCUAUGUAACGAAAGGAAUCCGGAUAAAUGGAAAGCUAUAUUAAAUAACAGAAUAUGGGAUCUUCCGAAGGGAAAAAAAGAUGAGAUUCUCCCAGUUUUGAAAUUGAGCUAUGUCCAUCUUCCUUCUUAUUUGAAGAGAUGUUUUGCUUAUUGUGCGGUAUUUCCCAAGGAUUAUGAAAUUGAGAGGGAUGAGUUGGUGCUUUUAUGGAUAGCAGAGGGCUUUUUAGAUGGACAAAAAGCAAAGAAAGAUAUAUUGAGAUUGGGAUGGGAUCACUUCGAUGAGUUAGUAUCGAGAUCAUUUCUUCAACAAUCAAGGGUCAACGCAUCUAAGUUUUUAAUGCAUGAUCUUCUAAAUGAUCUAGCAAAGUCUAUUGCGGGUGGGACAUGCUUUAGGUCAGGGGAGUCUCAGCUAGCAGGUAAUGAAGACGAUGCAUCUCAAGAGAAAGCUCGUUAUGCAUCAUUCAUCACAACAUGGUUUGUUACAUCAAAAUUCCUGAGAGCAUAUCACGGAAUGAAGGUACUAAGAAGUUUAAUUCUAGUACGUGUUGGAUAUAGUGGGGGCUCUUUCUCUAUUUCCAACAAGGUGCUACAUGACUUGCUAACAAACUUAAAGUACUUGAGGGUGUUCUCGUUAUGUCAUUGUCACAUCACAAAGGUACCGCAUUGUGUCGGUGAUUUAAAACAUCUUCGAUAUCUCAAUUUCUCGUACACCAAUAUCAAAUGGCUACCUGAGUCAAUGAGCACCUUGUGCAAAUUACAAGCUUUGAUAUUGAGAGGUUGUCGAAAGCUUUCUAUGUUGCCUUCAGGUACCACAAAAUUGGUCAGCUUACAGUUUCUUGACAUUAGAGAUACAGAAAGUCUAAAAGAGAUGCCAUUGGGUAUCAGUAAUUUGAAGAAUCUUACUAUCUUGUCCAAGUUUGUGGUGGGAAUAGAGAAAGGGUCACAGUUAAAAGAGUUAAAGAAGUUGCCACAUCUUCAAGGAGAAUUACUCAUAUCAGAAUUGCAAAAGGUGGAAGAAGUGAGAGACGCGGUUGAUGCUAAUUUGUCAGGAAAGCAAGGCCUUAGCAACUUAGCCUUGCAUUGGGGUGAAGAUUUUGGAAAUUUGCGGAAUGAUAAGUGUGAAGCGCAGGUGCUUCACUUUCUGCAACCUCACACUAAUAUUGAAAAUCUCACUAUCUCAUACUAUAGUGGUACAAAACUCCCAUCCUGGUUAGAUAGUCCAUCAUAUUCUAAGAUAGUGUCUUUGUACUUGCGAGACUGUCCUAAUGUCACGUCGUUGCCCCUACUUGGACAACUACCUUCACUUAAGGAAUUAUCUCUUAAAGGUCUACAUGCAGUAAGAAUGAUAGGCUCUGAAUUUUACGGUGGUAAAAGGCCUUUCUCGACCUUAACAACUUUGAAGUUUGAAGAGAUGUUGGCAUGGAAGGAUUGGGGUCGUUAUGCCGGGGACCCAAAAGAAGAAGUCCCAUUCUCCUGUCUUCAGCAUCUUGUUGUCCGGAGUUGUCCUUCGUUGGUCGAGACAUUGCCUUGUCAACUUGAUCUUCUCAUAAAACUUGAAAUUCAUUCAUGCCCGCAUUUGAAUAACUUAACCGGCAUUGUUCGUCUUCCAUCUCUCCGCGAGUUAUACCUUGAGGAUUGUAAUAAGGAGAUCUUAACGUGCUUGGUCAACCUAACUUCUUUAACCGUUCUCAGAGUUGAAAAUCUUGCAGAUCUCGUUUGCUUUAAUCAUGAGUUUAUGAGCGGUUGGGUCAAGCUAAAAGAGCUUGAAAUAAGAAGCUGUGACAAGCUAACACACUUGUGGCAAGAUGAAAAUGAAACAAGAAAUCUUAUUUGCCUCCAGAAAUUAGCCAUCCAAAGCUGUGCUCAAUUCACGUCUUUUGUGGCAGGAGAAAAAGAGAUAGAGCUGCCUUCCAACCUUGAAAGCAUGGAAUUAAGGGAUUGCAUGAGUUUAGAAAAGCUUCCGAGCAAAAUGCAGGCCCUCAGAAAUUUUGUUAUUGAGAAUUGUCCAAAACGCAUGGGAUUUAUCAUUGCUUCCGAUGAUCCCACCAGUAUUAACCCGAUGCCUCAAUUUGUUGCUCUAAAGACACUUAAAAUUAGUUAUUGCGAGGGAGUGGAGUCACUGGAAGAGAUCGCCAUAGCAUUGUUGAAAUAUUUAACUAUUGACAACUGUAAGAAACUAAGAAGUCUACCACAGUGCCUUCGCAUGCUCUCCCAUCUCACUUUUUUUAAAAUACGUGACUGUCCAGCAUUGGAGAUAGAGGACUUCCCUCCCCUUCCCAUCACCCUGUCAUAUUUCGUGCUCUAUAAUUGUCCUAAGGUAAAGUAUCUACCAAAUCAGUGGCACCAUCUUGCAUCCCUCACGUACAUAAGUAUUUCUUGCCAAAAUAUCAAACGCUUGCCCGAAGGAGGUUUUCCUCCCAAGUUGCAGACCCUUUCCAUUACAAGGUGCGAGAAUCUGGAGCAGCCAGUGAGAGAAUGGGGCUUACCCCUCCUCACAUCCCUCAAGUAUCUAUUAAUUGACGGAAUGAGCAUGGGAAGGGAGGGAGAGAAGGUGCGGUUUCCAUCGGAGGAGAAUGAGGAGGAGGAUGCGUGGAGUCUUCUCUUCCCUUCCUCUCUAACCACUCUUGUGAUUAAACGGAUGAAGAACGUGGAAAGACUGUCGAGCGGUCUUCGCAACCGCCUCUCCUCUCUCCAACAUUUGGGGAUUUUCGAUUGCCCGAAGCUGAGGUACUUGCCAGAGGAUGGCCUCCCUCCCUCCCUCCAACGAUUGUUGAUAGAAGGAUGCGAGAUUCUGAAAGAUCGAUGCUCAAACCUCGGUGGCGACUAUUGGCCCCUCAUCCAAGACAUCCCGAGCAUCAAGAUUGAUAGCGUUCGGAUCCAGUGAAUUGAUUCGGCCAUGUACAGUGAGUUUUCUAGGGUUCGGUGGAGAUGUUUCCCAUGAAUUUCCAAAAAACCAGCCAUUGAAGGUCAAAGACGGACAUUCGGGUGGGUUUUCUCGUUGGGUUGGAUCUUCCUCUUGCUAUAUUGAUGACAUAUCUUCAACUCUGCUUGAUGCCCAAACAAAUUGUGAAUGAAAAAUGUACUAUGCCUUGCAUGAGAGUCACGGAGAAUCGUAGCAUUCUGCAAUCAUAUUCCUCUGCAUUUUCAGCGUUCGCUGUUUAUUCUCUUCACAACAUCUUUUUCUUGUGCCCUAGCUCAUUC